UUGUAUCAAACAAUUAUGGUAUAAAAAAGUUUUAUUUUACAGAGUUAUAACGUAAUACUUAUUAAAUAUUGAUUGUGAUAGAAGACACUUUUGUGUUCAACACAUGCGAGCCACGUGGGAUGACGCUUCAGUAUGUAGAUGUAUCAGUGUCAAACGCUCGGAAUAACGCAUCAUGCGUGUCACCAGUGAUGUAGCGCGGUUAACGCGAAAUCGAAUGCGUCGCGAAAAACCCACACACUAAGCACGAGUAAGCAUCACAUCUUUAAGUACCGAGUCAUCGUUUGAGAAUCUUUAGGGUCUUAAGUGACGUUAAAUUAAAACUUAUUGAUUAUUCACACUUGAUGUUGUAACAGUUAUCAACAAGAUCAUUAAUAAUAAUCUUGUUUAUCUCUGCGGGAUGUAUGCAGAAAAUCAUUCAUUUUACUAGAAUAUGAAAUUAAUCAGCGAUAUUUACUUUUAGUUGAAAUUCUUCUGCACAAAUAAGGAAUUUACUAAAAAAAUUAUUUGUACGGAUUUGGAGAUAACUAAUACGUAGAUUAAUUAUGCGAUGUGAUUUUCAAACAUAAUUGAGAAUUACAAUGUUUUCUUUUUAAAAAUUUACAAAUUGAGGCUGCCCUUAUUCACGUUUGUUUUAGUCACAUCCCGAAUAGCGUGGGACAUUCUAUCAAUAUUUCAACAAUGUUACAACACGUUCUCGAGGUAAAGAAAAUUUCUUCAACGGUCUGCCAAUAGGAAUUGGAAUUUCGCGUGAUUCGGAGAUUACUUCGCAGUUGCAAUAUUUUUGGAACGUUUUAUAUUAUCAUACAUAGUGCCUCGAAUAUUAUGCAAUGUCAUGCAAAUCGUCAGCGAAGAUAUCGGAGCAUCGUAGACAGCGACUACGUAGACUAUCUGAAGAGUGAGUCACGUUUCAUAUUACAAGAGGAACUACGUUCGCGAAAGAGGGGUGCGAUGCCGGCGCGAUACAAUACUGCCACCGACGACGGUGCGUUGAUGCGUGUGCCGGUCCGCCGCCGGCGGCCGGUCCCUGCUCACGCAUUGGAGCGCGAGCCGAGGUAAAGGGGCUUUCUGCAACGGUCCGCCAGUACGAAUCGGGAUUUCGCGUAGCUCGGACGUGCAGGCUCGGCGGACAGAGAAGAGGGAGAGAUAGAGAGAGAGUCUCCCCGACGAUUCGGUCACGGCGAGUGACACGACAGCGAGCAGCAGCACGUGGUCGGGACUCGUCUAACGUACACGCGCACCCACAGCCUAACGGCCGAUCGAUUCACACGCACGUAGAGGUCGACAUACGCGCACACGCGCAUUCCCUGGCACACGUGUUCAGUGCUGUCGACCCUGUCGAUCGGUGGUGCCGGUUCAGGCGAAACGGCGAGAAACCUACCGGCGAAAGGCCCUGUCAAUCAUCACGGUGUCUCAUUCUCAGGGCGAUGACCAGGCCUUCAAGAUCGGGCCCUUUGGCUGAAUAGAGUGCAGAAAAGAGACGUGUAUUUCAGCAGGAGCGAGAUAAAUAUAUUCGAAGUGCGAAGAGUUAUGAGGAAGCCGAGAAUCUGACGUUUAUGGGAGGAUUCUACCCUCGCCUAUGGGACUUCACGAGUUUGGCAAAUGAGAAGGUGACCGCGUCGGAUGUUAUCGGGCGACUGGCGAAUCGAUAAAUUCCCGAAGAGGAAACCAGAGAGAAAUUAGAUUGCCGUUUGAUCGACCAUUGUAUACACGAGCACUCGAGCCACGAGCUACCGAAUCGCGGUGGAGUUUCUCAUAACAUAAACCACUGUGCGGCCAGAAGGAAAGGAAGAAGUGUUCAAGAGGAGAAAAAGCGGCAGAGACAUGGCGCACGAAAACGGGAUAAACGGCGGCGACACCGACUCGGAGACGGUGGAACUGAAUCCUCUGAGAAGAACCAGAUUCCACGUGAAUCGGGUCGACAGUCUCGAAGGUCGGGCCAGUCUCCUGGGCGAGCAGGAGACCAAAAAGUCAUCCCUCAGAUACAUGACCAGAGAGGCCCUGCCCAGGCUAGACAAUUACCGGAACAUCAUGAGCAUCCAGGCGGCCCACAGACCCUCCUUGGACGAGUUACACAAUCCCACUCUCCUCAACAAGGGCCCGGGCUCGCACACAUUAACUGUUCCGCAACUGAAAACCACGGCACCAGGAGUGAAAUUCGGAUGGAUCCAAGGAGUGCUGAUGCGAUGUCUCCUCAACAUCUGGGGGGUGAUGCUCUUCCUGCGACUCUCCUGGGUUGUAGCGCAGACCGGAGUGGGCCAAGCUAUUUUAUUGAUUCUCACGACGACAGUAGUCACGACGAUUACAUCUUUGUCGAUGUCGGCGAUUAGUACCAAUGGUCUCAUUAAAGGAGGUGGAACUUAUUACAUGAUUUCUAGAUCAUUAGGACCUGAAUUUGGUGGAUCUAUAGGUCUUAUAUUUUCUCUGGCGAAUGCUGUCGCUUGUUCCAUGUAUAUAGUCGGAUUUUGCGAAAGCUUGAUGGAUUGUCUCCGCCCUUAUAAUGCCUGCAUAAUCGAUUGUGCAAUCAUGGACAUCAGAAUCAUAGGCUGCAUAACGAUAGUUGUACUCCUGAUAAUUGUUAUAAUCGGUCUGGAAUGGGAGGCAAAAGCCCAAGUAUUUUUGCUGAUGAUUCUCCUCUUGGCUAUUGCCGAUUUCAUGAUUGGCUCCUUCGUGGGUCCCAAAAGCGAGUUAGAAAGAGCUCAAGGAUUCAUUGGGUACAAUGCUGCGCUGUUCAAGGAAAAUUUAUAUCCGAACUAUAGAUACAGCGAAGGUGUGCAUCAUAAUUUUUUUUCAGUCUUGGCCAUCUUUUUUCCAGCUGCAACAGGUAUCCUGGCAGGUGCGAAUAUAUCUGGUGACUUGAAGGAUCCGCAAACGGCGAUACCAAAAGGCACGCUACUCGCAAUUGUCUUGACGUCAUUGUCAUAUCUGAUGAUGGCGAUUAUGGUCGGUGGUGCCGUUAUGCGAGAUGCGUCUGGCAACAUUACUGAUUUAUGGACAACAUACAAUACAAAUUCACUUUUGGCCCUGUCAUUGUCCGGUGUAGACAAUGACACUAUGCUCGAAAACAGUACAGUUAUUGAGAACAGUACAGUUAUUGAAAAUGUUACUCGCUCCUGGAGUAUAUAUGGAACGGAUUUUAAUUGUACAACAGGAUGCAAAUACGGCAGCCACAACAGCUUUGAGGUAAUCCAGUUAGUUUCUGGUUUUGGACCUAUCAUCUACGCUGGUUGCUUUGCAGCAACGAUUUCAAGUGCUUUAGCAUCGCUGGUUUCAGCGCCGAAAGUAUUUCAAGCGCUCUGUCUUGAUAAAUUAUACCCGGGAAUCGCGUGGUUUAGCGGCGAAAAAGAUAAGGAGCCGAUUCGCGGUUAUUUACUUACUUUCGUCAUCGCCGUUGCUUUUAUUUUAAUAGGUGAAUUAAACGCAAUCGCGCCGUUGAUUUCGAACUUUUUUUUGGCUGCCUAUACUCUUAUUAAUUUUAGUACGUUCCACGCUUCCUUAGCUAAGCCGAUCGGAUGGCGGCCAACCUUCAAGUAUUAUAACAUGUGGCUCAGUCUUGCUGGUGCUAUCCUUUGCGUUUCUGUGAUGUUUCUGAUCUCAUGGUGGACGGCUCUAAUAACAUUAUGUGCAGUCUUAGCACUGUAUUUAGUAGUGUCAUACAGAAAGCCUGAUGUAAAUUGGGGUUCAACUACACAAGCUCAGACCUACAAUAAUGCGUUAACUGCUGUACACCAACUGGAUCGGGUAGAAGAGCACGUGAAAAAUUAUAGACCACAACUCUUGGUUCUUACCGGCGCGCCUAAUACGAGAUCAUCCCUCAUCGAUUUCGCUCAUCAUAUUACUAAACAUCAGAGUUUAUUUAUUUGUGGCCAUAUCAUUGAAACACCCAUAUCAUAUAAAACGCGCAACAGCAUGAUGCAGAACUGUUCUUCUUGGCUAAGAGCAAAUAAACUAAAGGCAUUUUACUCGCUGGUGGACAGCUCAAAUUUCCAAGACGGUGCUACUUCACUUCUACAAGCUGCCGGACUUGGGAAAAUGAGACCCAAUAUUUUGCUAAUGGGUUACAAACAAGAUUGGGCUACCUGUCCCCGAGAGAAUUUGAAUAUGUAUUUCAACGUCAUGCACAAAGCUCUGGAUAUGCAUAUCGCAGUGGCACUUCUCCGACUUCAGGAAGGCUUGGAUUGUAGUGGGAUCAUCGGAGACGUCGAGGAUCACAGGAGACUCGCGCCUACUUCGAUACCGGGCAAUCAAAGUUUUUCACAACUUAGCCAAGCUAGUAGCACGUCUGAUAUAUCGAUUCCUGGCAGUCCCGCACCGAGACGUUCAAAAAUGAUUAACGAAUAUCCUAACCCGUCCUCCGAGGAUCAGCGGGAAAAUAAACCAAAUAUACCAAUCACAAAUCUACUUAACGUAGUAACGAAGUUUCAACGGAAACAUAAGAAGGGUACUAUCGAUGUAUGGUGGCUGUACGAUGACGGUGGCUUAACGCUUCUGUUACCUUACAUUAUCAGCACGAGGCGUAAUUGGUCUAACUGCAAAUUGAGAGUAUUCGCUCUUGCCAAUAAAAACUCUGAACUGGAAUAUGAGCAAAGAAAUAUGGCGAGUCUCCUGUCAAAAUUCCGGAUUGACUAUUCUGCUCUGAAAGUCAUACCAGAUAUCUCAAAGCCAGCACAAACCAGUACAAAGACAUUUUUUGACUCAUUAAUAGCCGACUUCCAAGAAUCAGAUGAUUCGAAAAAUUCCGACGACGAUACGAACGUUAUUAAAGAUUCGGAACUUAUGGCGAUGAAAGAGAAGACUAAUAGACAUCUUCGUUUGCGCGAAUUAUUACUUGAAAAUUCCAUGGAAGCCAACUUAGUCGUCAUGACACUACCGAUGCCUCGAAAAGGUGCUGUAUCCGCACCUCUUUACAUGGCGUGGUUGGAAACACUUACACGCGACAUGCCACCAUUUUUAUUAGUCCGGGGCAAUCAUACGUCAGUUUUAACGUUUUAUUCAUAAUAUAGU